GUUGGGAGUCACACCCUUCUUUCUAGGGGACUGGAGAGGCGGCAGGGAUGGUUAGUGUGUAUAGAGCGGCGACGCUUGCUCAACCUGCGGUUUCCUCUGGCCUUCCCCGCGCAGCCCCAGAUCAGCCUCUGUGAAAGGAAAGCACCCCGCGGCCUCCCCCCGCCCCCCGACCUCAGGCCUCGCGCCCCAGCCCGCAGGCAGCUCCCGGCCCACGUUCCCUUCUGUCUGCGGGGUUCCACAGCGCCCGGGACGCGCCACGCCCGACGUCGGCAGGUUCUUGUCAAACCCCGUGAAAGGGAUCUCGUGGCUUCAUAUUCUACGUGACAAUAGUUCCGAGAGGCGAGGUAGAGCCAGCUGUGCAGAGCUCUGCAGCGAGCAGCCCCGAGAUAAGCAGUGAAGUCCUGGAGCCCAGCUGAGAUGAACUGGCCUCCUUGAGCGUGCCCAAGCCCUGGCGCCAGGCCUCUGUCCCAGCCCUGAGAUGUUUUUUGAUCAUCCAGAGAAAAAUGCGCCUUGGCCUCCAGAUCCAAUAAAGCAUACAUUCCUCCCAUGGAGAAGAGCACUGAUUCCUGAGGACCUGCAGGGCCUGCAGCCCCAGGGGGAUUAGCCAAAAGCAGGCUUGUUUUCUACUCAGCACAGAGUGGCUCCCCUGAACACAUCUUUCAUUAUGAUUCACACCAACUUGAAGAAAAAGUUCAGCUGCUGCGUGUUGGCCUUUCUCCUGUUUGCAGUCAUCUGUGUGUGGAAGGAGAAGAAGAAAGGGAGUUACUAUGAUUCCCUCAAGUUGCAAACCAAGGAAUUCCAGAUGGUGAGAGGGCUGGAGAAACAGGCUGCGACUUUGAGCAGCACUCAGAACCCCCCCAGGGCCAGCCAGGCCCUCGGCAGUCCCCGGGGCCCAGUCAAGGCCAAGUCCGAGGCCUCCUUCCAGGUGUGGAACAAGGACAGCUCUUCCAAAAACCUCAUCCCCAGGCUACAGAAGAUCUGGAGAAAUUAUCUGAACAUGAAUAAGUAUAAAGUGUCCUACAAGGGGCCAGGGCCGGGGGUCAAGUUCAGUGCGGAGGCCCUGCACUGCCAUCUCCGGGACCAUGUGAACGUCUCCAUGGUAGAGGCCACAGAUUUUCCCUUCAACACCUCCGAAUGGGAGGGUUUCCUACCCAAGGAGAACAUUAGGACCAAGGCUGGGCCAUGGGGCAGGUGCGCUGUUGUCUCCUCAGCCGGAUCCCUGAAGUCCUCCCAGCUGGGCCGAGAAAUAGAUGAUCAUGACGCAGUCCUGAGGUUUAAUGGGGCACCCACAGCCAGUUUCCAACAAGAUGUGGGCACGAAAACCACCAUUCGCCUGAUGAACUCUCAGCUGGUCACCACUGAAGGGCGCUUCCUCAAGGACAGUCUGUACAACGAAGGAAUCCUAAUUGUAUGGGACCCGUCUGUUUACCAUUCAGAUAUCCCAAAGUGGUACCAGAGCCCCGACUACAGCUUCUUUGAGAACUACAAGAGCUAUCGCAAGCUGCAUCCCGACCAGCCUUUUUACAUUCUCAAGCCCCAGAUGCCUUGGGAGCUAUGGGACAUCAUUCAAGAAGUCUCCCCAGAGGAGAUCCAGCCCAACCCCCCAUCCUCCGGGAUGCUCGGUAUCAUCAUCAUGAUGACACUGUGUGACCAGGUGGAUAUUUACGAGUUCCUCCCAUCUAAGCGUAAGACUGAUGUGUGCUACUACUACCAGAAGUUCUUUGACAGUGCCUGCACGAUGGGCGCCUACCACCCACUCCUCUUCGAGAAGAAUCUGGUGAAGCACCUCAACCAGGGCACAGAUGAGGACAUCUACCUGCUGGGGAAAGCUACACUGCCUGGCUUCCGGAGGAUUCGCUGCUGAGCAUGGGCUCCCUGGUCAGGUCCCCCUCGCCAUUCUCCACCAAGUCUGGGCAGAUCACGCUCCUAAACAAUCGCGGCCCGCACUGUGGGCCUUCUGUGAGCGAGAACCACAGGCUGUAGGAGUCCCAACAGCAAGCAGCCAGGUCCAGCCUGCCCCGUAGCUGCAGAGGUGUGCGAGCCCAAAGCCUCCUGCCACACACAUGUACACACACACCUAGCAUUCUUUCCAUACCACCUUCCCACCAGGGCUGCCAAAGCUGGGCUGUUUUCUCCUUAUUUUCACAAACCAGCACUCUCCAUUGCUUCAAACCUGCACUUUUACACCGAUGUCACAUUUUAAAGAAAUUCUCCCAAAUUAUGAUUGGGCCAGUAUUAUAGGGUGGCUCUGGGGGCCAAUGAGUGGUACUGGGCAUAGGAAACAUGUCGAUUCCUCCAGAACAAAGUUUCUCCCAAAGCCCAUGCCCCUGGGAGAGGUGGCAUUCCUGUCUCUCUGGCUGGUUUGGUGGGUCCUUAGCCUGGGUGCUUCUGAGCAGAGGGUCUUGAUGAACCCACACCUUCUCCAUAUGGAGAAGAGAGGCACAGAAGGGCACGGUCUCCAUCCUCCGGCUGUCCACAGUUCAGUGGGAGAGAGACAGGGAGGAUUCAGUGUGCUCAGUGCUCAGGGCGUUCGUGGCGAGGCCGACUCCGUGCUGUCCGCUCUCAUGCUCAGAGGGGCCACGCAUUUGCCGUGACUGUGGUCAGAGAGGGCUUCGCUGAGCUGCGCGGUGGAGGAGCUUUUAGAGGAAGUGGAGAAACACGUCAAGCAGAUGUUUGAGUCAUUUGAGUUGUGUUUUCCCUUCUGCCUUUACUGCCCAUGUUUAUUCUCUAAGGUCUGCCCAAACUUCAAGGCUCAAGUUAUUUUUUAAGGAAACCGCUCCCUCUGAGUGCAGCCCCAUGGCAGACACCUGGCAAGCCAAAUGCCAAAAACCUGACUUGUCCACGCUCGGCCUGGCCUGACCCUUCGCUGCAGCUGGGUUCGCACACCGUGUCCGCUGCUUCCCUGUCAAUGCCUGCCCCACCCCCUCCUGCCUGCCACCUUGUUUUUCCCCUCUAAAACAGUAGAUUGUUUCCCUCUCUCAAAUUACUUUUAAGGCAUUUUGUACUUUAAAAGCCUCCCGAUCCGAUGAUUUCUUUGACCUUCAUGGGCUUUUUUGCAGAAUGUGUCUCAGGGAGUUAGGGAUGUGGUUCCCUAGAAUUUAAAGUUGCUCUCAGAAGUCAGAACCUUAGGGCAGCCUGGGUGGCUCAGCGGUUUAGCGCCACCUUCAGUCCAGGGCGUGAUCCUGGAGACCCAGGAUCGAGUCCCACAUUGGGCUCCCUGCAUGGAGCCUGCUUCUCCCUCUUCCUGUGUCUCUGCCUCUCUCACUCUCUGUCUCAAAUAAAUUUUUAAAAAAAAUCUUAAAAAAAAAAAUACAGAACCUUAGAGAUAAUGGUUUAUCAGACGGCUAUGCCCUCCACCUCUCCGGCAAGGGGCAACGUCAGAGUCUCCAGAUAGAGCCCCUCCCACUGUGGUGUGCAAAUAAGCUUCCUGGGGAGUUUUGCUACCCCCUUCCCAGGUGAAGAACCACACUGGACUGGUCUGGCCCCGGUGAGGAGAAGGUAAAGGACUCACUCAGGGUUACAAAGUAAUGCUGUAGAGCCAGGGCUCCUAGACCCAGGCUUGUGGACUCCUGGCUCCAUGUGCUCAAGGGCCUCUUCAGCUUGAGUUCUAGACCAGCGGUCUGGGAGCUGGAGUGCUCUCAUGCUGCCAGACCCUUGGGUUAUAUGGGCAGUAGAAGGAGUCCUGGAGAGAGAAGCCCUGGGUUUUCAAAUUGAUGUUCCCCUGUUUACUAGCCAUGCCACCAUGGGCUAAUUCUCCUGAGGCUCUGUUUCCACAUUUGCUAAAUGGAGGUAAUGAGCCUACCUCACAGGGUUGUUGUUAAGCUUACAUGAAACACCUGUCCCGGGUCUGUACUUGGCACAUAGCAGGUGCUUAGUACAUAGUGGCUUCUUUGCCUCUCUCCCUCCUUCCUCCAAUAAGAACCUGCUCCAAGCUCACACCUGGGCAGGACCUUGCUUUGAGGGAAGCCAGAGAGGGAAUCCCAUCAUCAGGGAAUUAACUAUGCUACUGGGAGACGACAACUGCCCUGGCUGGAGCACCCAGGAAACCAUCCAAGGCAGCGGGGGUGCAAGUGCAGAAGUGUCCCUCCUCCUCCUGCUCCCUCCUUGCAGCUCUGGUCUUUUGGCUUGGGAAUAGGCAGAGCAUUUGGGCUGCUUCCUGCUGUGUAGAGGGAGUCUUCUCCACCUCUGUGCGCCCAGGAAUUCUCAGCUUGCUUUAGGUUCUCUUUCGAUGCACUCAUUGCAAUCUUUGAAUCAUAAACAGAGGAAGGUGGCAUUCCACCAGUGGGAGAUAGGCGUUGGUGUGGACACUGAGACUACACUGGGUAGAUGCUAGCUUUUAAUUGUUAUUAUUAAUAUAAGGGAUCAAAUUAAUUUAAGUGUGAUUCUGGGUCUAUGGAACUUUUAAUUCUGUGUUCUCUAUGGAAACUAGUAAAAUGCAAAUAAGACAGGGGUAUUAUUGUUGGUCUGGUGAGAUGUUUAAUAUUUGCGACAGGUAACUUAAAAAUGGUGACUGUGUGCUGCAGGGAAGUCCCCGUCCCAAGGGGUUUGUGUCUUUGUCAGUAGGUGUCUCUUCAUCCUUUGUCAUGUGUUCCCCCAGUCCUUCAAUCACGUAAGCUAUUCAUUUUGGUUUGGAGACCUCCAUCUCAGAAGUGUCUGAAACAUACCUAAUCUCAUUCUGAAUUACCCAAAGAUUAUGUAAAAAUUUAAAAUAAACAUGUUUUUAAAAAGCU